AUGUAUGUUAUUAAGAGAGACGGUCAUAAAGAACCUGUCAAGUUCGACAAAAUUACCGCUAGAAUUUCUCGUUUAUGUUACGGUUUAGAUCCAAAGCGUAUAGAUGCUGUUAAAGUAACUCAACGUAUUAUUUCUGGUGUUUAUGAAGGUGUUACUACUUCUGAAUUAGAUAAUUUAGCUGCUGAAACUUGUGCUUACAUGACUACUGUUCAUCCAGAUUAUGCUACCUUAGCCGCUAGAUUAGCCAUUUCUAAUUUACAUAAACAAACAACAAAACAAUUUUCUCAAGUUGUUGAUGAUCUUUAUCAUUAUGUUAACCCAGCUACCGGUAAAGCUGCUCCAAUGAUUUCUGAUGAUGUUUAUAAUAUCGUUAUGGAAAAUAAAGAUUUUAUUAACUCUUCCAUUGUCUACGAUAGAGAUUUCCAAUUUAACUAUUUUGGUUUCAAGACUUUGGAACGUUCUUAUUUAUUAAGAAUUAAUGGUAAAGUCGCUGAACGUCCACAACAUUUAAUUAUGAGAGUUGCCAUUGGUAUUCAUGGUAGAGAUUUGGAAGGUGCUUUAGAAACUUAUAAUUUAAUGUCUCUAAGAUAUUUCACUCAUGCUUCUCCAACUUUAUUCAAUGCUGGUACUCCAAAGCCUCAAAUGUCUUCUUGUUUCUUAGUUGCUAUGAAAGAAGAUUCUAUUGAAGGUAUUUACGAUACUCUAAAAGAAUGUGCUAUGAUUUCCAAGACUGCUGGUGGUAUUGGUUUACAUAUUCAUAACAUUCGUUCCACCGGUUCUUAUAUUGCUGGUACUAAUGGUACUUCUAACGGUAUUAUUCCAAUGGUUAGAGUUUUCAAUAACACUGCUCGUUAUGUCGAUCAAGGUGGUAACAAGAGACCUGGUGCUUUUGCUUUAUACAUUGAACCAUGGCACGCUGAUAUCUUUGAUUUCAUUGAAAUCAGAAAGAAUCACGGUAAAGAAGAAAUUCGUGCUAGAGAUUUAUUCCCAGCUUUAUGGAUUCCAGAUUUAUUCAUGGAACGUGUUGAAUCUAAUGGUGAUUGGACUUUAUUCUCUCCAAGUUCUGCUCCAGGUCUAUCUGAUGUUUACGGUGAAAAAUUCAAGGAACUUUACACUCGUUACGAAAGAGAAGGUCGUGGUAAGACCAUCAAGGCUCAAAAGUUAUGGUAUUCUAUCCUUGAAGCUCAAACUGAAACUGGUACUCCAUUCGUUGUCUACAAGGAUGCUUGUAACGAAAAGAGUAACCAAAAGAAUUUAGGUACUAUUAAAUCUUCUAACUUAUGUUGUGAAAUUGUUGAAUAUUCUGCUCCAGAUGAAACUGCUGUUUGUAACUUAGCCUCCAUUGCUUUACCAGCUUUCAUUGAAACUACCGAAGAUGGUAAGACUUCUACUUAUGAUUUCAAGAAAUUACACGAUGUUACUAAGGUUAUCACUAGAAACUUGAACAAGGUUAUUGACCGUAACUACUAUCCAGUUCCAGAAGCUAGAAACUCUAAUAUGAGACAUAGACCUAUUGCUUUAGGUGUUCAAGGUCUAGCUGAUACUUUCAUGUUACUACGUCUACCAUUCGAAUGUGAAGAAGCUCAAAUUUUGAAUAAGCAAAUCUUCGAAACUAUUUAUCACGCAUCUUUAGAAGCUUCCUGUGAACUUGCUCAAAAGGAUGGUACUUAUCAAAGUUUCAUCGGUUCUCCAUCUUCUAGAGGUAUUCUUCAAAUGGAUAUGUGGGACCAAAAGGCUUACGGUAUGUGGGACUGGGAAACUUUAAGAGCUGAUAUUAUCAAGCAUGGUCUAAGAAACUCUUUAACUAUGGCCCCAAUGCCAACUGCUUCUACUUCUCAAAUUCUAGGUUACAAUGAAUGUUUCGAACCAAUUACAUCUAAUAUGUACCAACGUCGUGUUUUAUCUGGUGAAUUCCAAAUUGUUAACCCAUACUUACUACGUGAUUUGGUUGAUAUGGGUAUCUGGAAUGAAAGUAUGAAACAACAUUUAAUUACUGCAAAUGGUUCUAUCCAAGGUCUACCAAAUGUUCCACAAGAACUAAAAGAACUAUACAAGACUGUCUGGGAAAUCUCUCAAAAGAAAAUCAUCGACAUGGCUGCUGAUCGUUCUAUCUACAUUGAUCAAUCUCACUCUUUAAAUCUUUUCUUACGUGCUCCAACUAUGGGUAAGAUUACCAGUAUGCAUUUCUACGGUUGGAAGAAGGGUUUGAAGACCGGUAUGUACUACCUAAGAACUCAAGCUGCUUCUGCUGCUAUUCAAUUCACUAUUGAUCAAAAGGUUGCUGACCAAGCUGGUGAAACCACUGCUGAUCUAGAAAAUCUACAUCGUCCAACUUUCGUUGUUACUCCAGCUUCUUUCACCCCAGCUGAUUUUGUUCCAUCUGAAAUCUCUACUGCUAAGCCAGGUGCUAUCGAUGUUCCAUUAGCACCAGCUCCAAAGCCAAUCGAAGUUGCUGAGAUCAGAGAAGAAGUUACUGUCGAAAGAACCAGAAGUAGCUCUCCAACUCCAUCUGAUGACUCUAACAAAUCUGUUGGUCAACCAGAAACUCCAGUUGUAGCUAUCCAAGAAACUAAUGCCAGUGAAGAAAAGUCUGCUGCUCUUGAUGCCGAGGAAGAAGAAUUCGAUAUCUACAACUCCAAGGUCAUUGCAUGUGCUAUCGACAAUCCAGAAGCCUGUGAAAUGUGCUCUGGUUAG